AUGAUCCCCAGUAAGGUUAUACGCCCCGUGGAGGAGCUGGAGCGGGACUCCUCUGUUCUUCUCCGUCUGUCCAAGACUUCUGGAGGGAACAGACACAGCCCUCCAGAACCUGGCGAGUCUUCCAAACUCGAGGCGGGGGAUGCCGAUAUGGACGGUGCCGGCACUUACACAUGUAAGCCUUGUAAUUUCGAAACCCACGACCUUAACUUGUUCUUGGAUCAUGUUUACACCAGGCAUCCCGACUUCCGUGCAGACCCCAGCUUUGUUUGCAUGAGCUGUGGCGUCUCAGCACCCAAGUUUGAGGGGCUGGCCCUCCACAACGCCAGAGUCCACCCCAGCACACUGAACACCACUCUCAAGCUGAGAAAGAGGGACAGGAGGGUGGUUGUAGAGCAGAAUGUAGUCAUUCGGGGAGAAACUGGCAAGGACAGCGAGAUUUCCAUCACCAAAACCCCGAUCAUGAAGAUGUUAAAGGGCAAAUCGGAGCCCAAACGGAUCAUAGUGUCUCAUGCGGCCUCCGAUGAGCCGUCCUUGGAUCCACAUUCUACCUCUGCACCAAGAGAGACUGAACGAAGCGAGGCUCCUUCAGUGACUGUCACACACGUCUCUACGAUCGUCCACAAUGGAACGAGUAAGGUCACACUGCCCUCAGCUAUCCAGAUAGUCAACGGCUCUGUAGCAUUACCGAUGUUAAAGACACCCAUCACACAGGUGGUUUCUGUAGCUCAAAACAGAAGCCUUCACCAAUCAGCGCCAAUUACAGCCGCUUCAAGUUUUUCCUCAGCUUCCUCACCUUCAUCCUCAAAAAACCUCCCAAAGGUAAUGAUUCCUUUGAGCAGCAUCCCCACCUACAGUGCCUCCAUGGACGAGUCCUCCUUCCUUAAGACCUCCUUCAGUAAGUUUCCGUACCCCACAAAGGCUGAGCUCUGCUACCUGACUGUGGUCACCAAGUUUCCGGAGGAGCAGAUCAAGAUCUGGUUCACAGCUCAGAGACUGAAACAAGGCAUUAGCUGGUCUCCCGAGGAGAUAGAGGAGGCCAGGAGGAAGAUGUUUAACACCAUCAUUCAGACAGCACCCGCCAGCUCACAGAACCGGACCCAGAGCCACCAAAGCCCUGCUCAGCACACAAUCACUGUCCUGCCUGCCUCACUGGGGGCCUCGGGGAUCCCUCAGUUUCUUCAGGGAUCUCUUGUCAGCCAGUCAGGGGUAAUUGUCACGCAGCCUGUGGUAGCGAACGGCAUCCAGGUGAGCAGUGCUCCCGUGGCCCUGGCCGUCACGCCCAAGCCCCAGGCCGCGGCCCGGCCCAUGAUGCAGGCCCGGCCGGCCGCCGCCCUGGUGGCGGACAAGGGCAUCAGCAUGGUGGUGGGCACGGUGGGCAGCAGCAGCGCAGGAAGCAUCAGUAUCAGCAAGGGCGAUAGCUGCAAAAGUGGGGGAGGGGGCACUAGUAGUCCGAGCAGCAGCCAGGCUGGUGCCAUCAAUCUCAGUCUGGGAGGCAGCAAUCCCAGUAGUGCUAAGGCAGGCGGCGCCGGGGCCAAACACAGCAGCGCUAGUGCAGACUGCAGUGGCAACAGCAGCAGUAGGGUUAGCAGCCAUGUCAGUGCUAAAAGCCCUGAUGUGGACAAAGCUGACGACGCCGGCACCGAGCAGAGUGACGGCAAGACAACCACGGAAGGCAAAGCCGUUCCCAGCAACAUCAGAGCAGGCAGCGAUGAGCAGAGCAGUAAGGACUCUAACGGUAGCAGCAACAAACACAACGCCAGCACAGACGAGGCGGAUCACUCUCCAAGAGACUCUCCCACGCUCAAAAUGGAGGAGGCCUCCUCCCCAGCCUCCAAAUCUUCUUCUCCCUCUCCUGCAGCUCCUCCGGGCAGCGUGCUGGGCUCUCGGACCCCCAUCAAUGCUUUCCUGGACCCUAGUUUUUACAAGGGCAAGAAGUCCCAGGAGCAGCUCAACGCCCUAAAAGACAGUUUUCAGGUGAGCCAGUUUCCCGACCAGGAGGAGGUGGACCGGCUCAUAGCUCUGACGGGCCUCACCGUGCGAGAGGUCCGCAAGUGGUUCAGCGACCGGCGCUACCACUUCCGCAACCAGAAAGGCGCGCGCUCCGGCGCCGGAGGGCAGGCCAAGGCCGGCGCCGGGUCAGGAGCGGGGAGCAGCUCCAGUGCACCCGCGAGCGCCGCCGCCGCCGCCGGGAGCUCCUCCCCCGUCGACCUGUCGGAGGGGCGCGGCAACUCUGGUGCAAAAGCGGGCCAGCACAGCUCCCCCAGCGCCCCCCUGAGCCCCGCCGCAUCACAGACUCCCACCUCCCCCACCACGCCCUCACGCCGAUUUCCCAGACCGCCAUCGCCAGACUUCACGGCCAUCCGCUACAAGGAGCGAGAGCCUCACCAGGUUAAGGCACUUGAGGCCAGCUUUUCCCAAAGCACUGACCCAUCAGGAGAGGAAGUGGACAGGCUGCGAUCUGAGACUAAGAUGACCCGGAGGGAGAUUCAUGGAUGGUUUGCUGAGAGGAGGAAGAAAGUCGCAUUCGACAAAAAGAGAGAGGAGGCAGAGCAUGUGCUGAGGGAUGAUGAGGAGGAGAUGGAUGGAGAUGGAGAACAGAGGCAGAGAGAUGACGGUUCAGGAGAGCCAAAAGUCAACCCCAUUAAGAUCAAUCUGAAGAUGCUGAAGGUGACGGAGGCCAGCGGCAAACCGGAGGGCGAGGGCCUGGAUAAUCUCACUGUUCCGCCGCAGCCAAGCGCUGCGUUUGCUUCCUCCAUGGGCCCCAGCCCGGCCUCCUCCUCCAAGCCACCCCAGUCCUCUACUCCAACACCAAAAACGUCCUCCCAUUCUCCCAAAACCACCACCGUCCGAGGCAAAAAGACGGCGGAGCAGCUGCACCUGCUCAAACAGGUCUACGCUCGCACCCAGUGGCCCAGCGCCGCGCAGUACGACAAACUGAUCUCAGACACGGGGCUGCCCAGGCCCGAGGUGGUGCGCUGGUUCGGGGACUGCCGCUACGUGCAGAAGAACGGGCAGCUGAAGUGGCUGGAGGAGUACCAGAACCUGGCGCUGGAGGAGGACCUGCAGCCGGACAACAAAGAGGUCCUACAGGCCCACCUCGAGCUCCACAGCCGGCUGGAGGAGAGCCAGCUGCAGGAACUGUCUGAGACGAGCGGCUUGACGACAGACUUGGUGCGACACUGGUUUGCUAGCAGGGCGACUCAGCCCGAGCGCAAACGGACCGCUGCUCCCACCACAGCAGCCGGACCAGCCGCUCCAGCAGUGGCGGCCGUGCCGCCGCCGCCGCCCACAGGGUCCUCCCCCCUGGAGCCGCAACCGGGGGGCGGGACGGAGGAGAAAAUGGAGCAGUCAGUGUGUGGUGUUGCAACACAGGCCGAGCAGGCCAACGCUGACAAAACAGUGGACACUGCUAAAGGAACUGAUUGA